AUGUUCGCGCGCAGAGUUCCUCUGACUGCUGUUCUUCGUAGGGUUUCAACAACAGAUGGUUCGGAUUCUUUAUUUACCGCGCGCCAGCCGCCGGUCCCCAGCCGCCGGCGAGUUGUGCAGCUCGCCGCAACAGGCAACAGGCAAGGCAGGUCACGCCGUCCGUCCUUGGAAGGCGGCUCCAAAGAACACACCGUCCUCUCGUUAAGAGAGACUGAGAGCCCCCUCGCGGGUGCAAGCAGCAGCAGAACCAUGGCGAGAUGGUUUCGGUCAGAGGAUAUGGCUUAUGUCUCUAUCAUCGUCAACGAGGACGCCGCGCACACGUGCAUCUCGGACCUGGGGAAGCUCGGCAUGAUCCAGUUCACGGACCUCAACCCGGAGCUGACGGCCUUCCAGCGGAGAUACGUGGCGUACAUUAAGCGCAUCGACGAGCUGGAGCGCAAGCUUGCCUUCUUCGGAGAGGAGGUGAAGAAGUUCGACCUCAAGGUGGCCAGUGCGGGCACCGUCGAGUCGUUCGUGCAGUCGUCGUCGGCGCAGGGCGUGGGUAGCGGGGCCGAGGCGAAGAGCGUGCUGGGCGGGCAGGCCCUCCUGCAGAAGCUGGAGGCGGACCUGGAGGCGCUCGAGUCGCACCUGGUGGAGCUCAACACGUACAACGAGCGCCUCACGAGCGAGUACAACGAGAAGGUGGAACUCCAGGAAGUCCUGCUCAAGACCAAGGGGUUAUUCGCAGCCGAGAUGCCGCACAUGCAAAUCGAGGAGCAGUCGAUGGGCGCACGCAGGUACCAGGACGUGGAGCGGGGGUCCGUUCAGGUCAGCGGGGGAGGAGUGCAGCCUACCCGCGAGAGCGACAUGAAGUUUUCGUACAUUGCGGGUGUGGUCGGCGCCGACGACCGCAGCCGGUUCGAGCGGCAGCUGUUCCGCACCACGCGGGGCAACUGCUACGUCCGCUUCGCCGAGAUCGAGCAGCCCAUCUCCGACCCCACCACGGGGGAGCAGGUGAUGAAGCUCGUCUUCAUCAUCUUCUACAAGGCGGCAGCGAUCGAGUCAAAGAUCAAGAAGAUCUGCGAGGCGUUCCGCGCUAAGCGUUACGAUCUGCCAGAGAUGGACGACGGGGAGGGCGUGAAGAAACUCAUGUACGACAACUACGGAGAGAUGCACGACGCCCGCGUUGUCCUCCUUAAGAACCGUGAUGCUCGCAUGAGCCUAUGCGCCACUGCGGCGGACCGGCUGGAGAGCUGGACGUGGACCGUGCUUCGCGAGAAGGCGGUGUACCACACCCUCAACACUUUCAAACCGGACGUUCGCGGCAUCCUGCGAGGGGAGGGCUGGGUGGUGCAGGAGGGCAUGGGGGGCGUGCAGAUGGCCGUCAACAGGGCCCACGCAGAGAUGGACACGGGCAUGCCGUCCAUGGUGGAGGUGAUGCCCAAGCCGUGGCCCACCCCUCCCACGUACUUCAAGCUCAACGCCUUCACCAUUGCUUUCCAGGAAUUCGUGGACACGUACGGCGUUCCCCGGUACAAAGAGGCCAACCCCGCCCUCUUCACGGCGGCGUCCUUCCCCUUCCUGUACGGCAUCAUGUUCGGCGACAUCGGGCAUGGCACCGUCAUCAUGUUCCUCGGCCUCUUCCUCGUAUUCACGCACGGGAGCGUGGCCGGUCGCAGGGACUUGGGCGAGCUUGCUGGUGGACUCUAUCUCGCACGGUACAUGAUAACGAUGAUGGGCUUCUUCAGCGUGUACGCCGGCCUGAUCUACAACGACUUCUUCUCCCUACCGCUUAACCUGUUCGGAUCGUCUUGGGUCUGGUCCGAUGGGAUUGACACGGAGGAGGGCGAGGAGGCGGACAGCGUGAGCUUCUACGGCGAUGCCGACGCCGUGUACCCCUUCGGCGUCGACCCCGCUUGGCACAUCGCCGGAAACGAGCUGCUCUUCUUCAACUCGAUGAAGAUGAAGACCUCGGUGAUCCUGGGCGUGACCCAAAUGACGUUCGGUGUCGUCCUCAAGGCGAUGAACGCGCUGUACUUCAAGGAGUCCCUCGACUUUUUCUACGAAUUCAUCCCCAUGAUCAUCUUCGUCCUAUCCCUCUUCGGGUACAUGAUCGUCUUGAUCUUCAUGAAGUGGUCCAUCGACUGGGACUACCGCAUGUACACCGCCACGUGCUUCGACGGGCUCACGCCUCAGAACGUGACGUGCGACUCGGAUAGCACCACCGCCGACAUGUGCCCCCUGGACUACGGGGGAAGCGGCGACGGUUGCCAGCCGCCCAACCUCAUCACGAGCCUCAUCAACAUCGCGCUGUCGCCGGGUACUGUCGACGAGCCCAUGUACGCGGGGCAGACCAGCGUUCAGACGAUUCUCCUUCUCCUAGCCUUGGGGUCCAUCCCCGUUCUCCUCCUGGCCAAGCCCCUGACGAUCCGCAGCCGCAUGAAGAAGGCCGCCGCCAGGCACGACAGCUUCAGCUCCGAGAGCCAGCUCAUGGCCGGGGAGCACAACUCAUCGGACAAGGUUGACAACGGCGGGCACGGCGCCGCGGGGGGGGAUCACGGCGGGCACGAGGAGCACGACUUCUCCGAGAUCGUCAUCCACCAGGCCAUCGAGACGAUCGAGUUCGUGCUGGGGAUGGUCUCGAACACUGCCUCGUACCUCCGGCUGUGGGCGCUGUCGCUGGCGCACACGGAGCUCGCGGCCGUGUUCUGGGAGAAGACGAUGCUCACCACCAUCCAGAUGGGCAACGCCUUCGCCAUCUUCAUCGGCUUCGCGAUGUUCGCCGGGGUUACCUUCGGCGUCAUCCUGUGCAUGGACGUGCUGGAGUGCUUCCUGCACGCCCUCCGGCUGCACUGGGUGGAGUUCCAGACCAAGUUCUACAAGGCGGACGGGUACAAGUUCGCUCCAUUCUCCAUUGCUGCCAUUGUGAAGGAGGCGCCUGUCAUGUAGUUCAGUCAGUAGCCACACACGCCGUGUUGUCUUGUGUUCCCGAUCGUGAGAUCAAAGAAAAAUGGGGGGGGGGGUCGUGGACAGAGUCUGGGUUAGUGUAACAUAUAUAGCUUUGGAGAGCGGAGAGAAGUUGUAGUAGGGGGACGAACGCCACCUUGUACUAGUUGUAUAGGGGGUGUAGGGGGAGAAAGACAACGAGCAGGAGGAGGAGGAGGAGGGGAGUCAAGAUGGAGGAGAUACGCUGCCUGCUUGUUGGCGAGAACGAGUCCUGGCGUGUACGCACGGCGGGCGCGAGCAUGCAAUCUGGGAGGUGGCGCAGCACCCCGCUUGCGCGGGCCUUGUUUUGUUGCGCCCCCGAACCAGACGUGCGCGAAGGAGCCCUUUUGCUGGGUGUCUCUCUCGUUUACUGCUGAGGCAUGACAAGAACUACCGUUUGUGCUGGAGACUUUGGACGCGGGGCGGAAUGACGAGGAUAGUUUGUGUGUCGUAUGCAUACGCUUUGAUAUGGCCCCCAAGAAGUACGCGGUUCCUUUUUUUUGCACGAUUCUGCUUCGCGAGUUUGGGGAUGUGGGGAGCGAUUUCUGCGAGAUUCCCCUUUUUUGUUGACGUUCGGAGCGUUAGGAUGCUUAGAUGUAUGUCGACCGCUAGCGGAGUUGUUGUUCCAGUUGUUGUUCCUCGGGCAACUAAUUGCUAUGUUCUAACGCAAAGGAGGAAUGGCGACGAUUUUUGUUGACGUUCAUUUCGUCCACCCUUGGGAGGCACUAUCGGUGCCUUAAUCAAUUUCGUGGAAACUUU